UUUUUGGAUUUAUUUAUUUAUUUUUUAAAUUUCGCUGGCUGUGUACGGAAAAGAACCCUAGUUUGCGCACACAUUCACACACACACACAUACUCUCUCUCCACCGUUCACUUUCUCUCUCUACCAUUGAUUCAUUGGAGAGCUGAGAUUUGAGUUUUUUCUAUGGCGACGACCGGCGAUGGACGCGGAGGAGCAGGAGGCAAAUUUGGAAAGAGGCCGCUCCGGAGGCCACAGGCGACGCCGUACGAUCGGCCACCCACUGCUCUUAGAGGCCACAGAAACAAUUGGCUCUCCAAACUCGUCGACCCAGCGUCCAAACUCAUCUCCGCUAGUGCUCACUUGUUCUUCUCCUCUGUGUUCCGCAAGCGCCUCCUUCCUCCUCCUCCACAGCCCUCACCAGGGGCAAACCAAGAAUCAAGGGACACACUUCAGGUGUGCCAAACAGGAGUACCCAAUAACUUUUCUCCAAAGAAUCCUCCUGGGACUCGAGAACCAAUUGUAGAUGACUCUGCCAAUCUAAGUAAUAGCUAUGACAGUAGUGCAAUUUCUGCGCUCGAGCAAAUGUUAAAGCAGAAGACAUUUUCCAGAUCUGAGAUUGAUCGUUUGACAGAACUCCUGCAAUCGAGAACUUCUGAUUUACCGGUUGGGGAUGAGAACAAAAAGAAUGAAGCAAAUCUUCCAAAGCCGGUUUCUGCAUCUGCAAGGCAGGGGGAAUUUUCUAGUUGUCCAAGGAAAGAGAAUGGAAUAGAGAGCCAUGGACUACAUGGAGUCGUUUCAGCCCCUGUUGACUGUUCAAGAGUCCCUGAAGAUGUUGCUUCACCCGCUGAGCUUGCUAAAGUUUACAUGGGCGGUAAGCCUUCAAAAGCAUUGCCGUCAAUGUCAGUAUUCCACAGUCAGGUACCGAGGGAAGAUGCAACUCUGCCAAAUAAUGUACCAUUUACUCCUAAAUCACCCGUCAUGUCACUGGCUUCUAAGUCUGCUGCCUGUGUUGCGCUACCUGAAAAUGGUUUUAUCACCCCAAGAUCUCGUGGCAGAUCUGCAAUAUACUGUAUGGCGCGCACACCAUAUCCCAGGGUUCUUUCCAAUGACCAAAAGGGUGUUGGGUCCAGAAAUAAUGGUUAUGGUGUGCUAUCGUCAUCAUCAUUUCAGUAUGCGUGGGAGAAAGAUGGACGUUUUGGGUCUAAACAAGUGGCUUUAAAGCGUAGGAGUUAUGUCUUAGAGGAUAAUAUUGGAUCUGUUGGACCCAUACGCAGAAUUCGACAAAAACCUAAUCUCUUAUCUCCUAAAGGUUUGAGCUUAUCAGUUUCUGGAAGCCCUCUUUCCUGUCAAAUGAUGGAAGUUGGUUCUGAUACUGCACAACAUCCUACAUCUUCAACACAGAAACUGCAUUUGUUGGAUACACAUAAAGUCUCAAACAUGCUCAGAGAGAAUGAGGAUAACGGUGUUUGCAGAACCAGUUUUGGCCUAGUUCCUUCCAAGUCCACUGAGAUGGCAACAAAAAUAUUUCAGCAGCUUGAUAAGUUAAAGUCAACAGAGAAAUCAUCCGAGACCAAGCUAGUUGCUGCAAGGAAUAAAUUACCCACUAGAUUGACACCAAGUAUGCUUAGUGGAAAGGCUCUUAAAAGCUUGGAGGAUGUAGAUUCAUCAAAGUGUCUGCAGAAAUUCCAAAAUAGUCAUAACUUGGAGGAUACGCUUAACACCAGUUUGCCUGAUGCUCGUGAUUCUACUUCUCAAAAACAAGACAAGGUUGAAGAUGUCCCAAAAGCGUUGGUUGUACCUUGUGACUCAUCCCCUCCUGCAGUAAUUGGCGCCGAUGAUACAUUUUCAAUUAAAAAUUCUGUACCCUGUUUUAAAAGUGCUGAUUCAGCCAUUGCAAAUUUUUUUGAUCAACCUCCUCAAAAGAAACGGGCUUUUCGAAUGAGUGCUCACGAGGAUUCUCUGGAGCUGGAUGAUGAUGAUGUCUCUACACUGUUGGCUGAUAGAGAAAAAUCGGAGACUCCUGUGGUGGAGAACAAGGGCAUUGUUAGUGAAGCAGCAGCUGUUGACAGAAAUCCAACUUUGUCAGAAUUCAAUCCUCCUGCAGGUUCUGAGUUGAAUAAAGGAACUGAUUUGGGGAAUGAUGAUAAGAAUUUGGCUGGUGAAAAAAGCACUAGCUUUACGUUCCCUACUGCACAUUCUUCCAGCAUGGCUCUUGAGCCAGCUGUUCCUACUCCACAACCAACCUCAGCAUUUGGUAAACCUGUUCCACCAAAAGAACCAAAUGUUCCUCCUCCUCUGUUUAGUCUUGGGAAUAAGAAUGUUGAUAAAUCAUUCAUACUUCCUUCCUCAUCUUCUGUUGGUGAUUCUUCAGGCCUUAAAACUAGUGUUUUGUUAGAUCCAAAACCAGAGAGCUCAAACAGCUUUGGUAAUGUUUCUUCUGGUCCAACCGACAGUGUCUUGGAAAAUGUGAAGUCAGAUAAAGAUGAUAAUAAAAAUACUCGUCAUGUGGGAAAUAUAAUGGAGAAAUCUGGAACGGUGUUUUCUUCUGCUUCAUCAACUUCAACACCAACAAGCAGCAUAUUCUCCUUUGGUGCCCCUGCAAGCAAUUCAAGUCUAAAUAAUGGGUCACUUGCUUCAAGCCUUACUACACAUUCUUCCCCCACUUCAGAUCUACCUCCCAGUAAUCUUUCCAUUCAAAAUUUCACCAAUAGCUCUAUGCAUGUUGUUGCCUCUUCAGCCACCACUGCCACCAAGACUUCAACCAGCAGCAGCACCAACCCCGCAACUGCCUUUUCUGCAAACAUUGCUACCAUGACUUCAAUCAGCACCACCAACCCCGCAACUGCCUUUUCUGCCACCACUGCUACCAUGACUUCAAUCGGGACCGCCACCCCCGGAAAUGCCUUUUCUGCCACCACUGCUAUCAUGACUUCAAUCGGGACCGCCACCCCCGCAAAUGCCUUUUCUGCCACCCCUGCUACCAUGACUUCAAUCAGGACCACCACCCCCGCAACGGUCUCCAGUAGCAGUGUCACUACCCCUGCCACUACACCUUUAUUUUCCACUCAGUCAAAUUUCAGAUUUGGAUCCACUGUGGCUCCAUCAACUUCAGUUUCAGCAGAAUCAACUUCUGGUGUACAAGAUGAUGCCAAUUCAAAAGCGAUCACCGACAAGAAUACAACCUUUGGUAACCUAAUCAGCUCACCUUUUGGUGGGACAUCUUUCGCAAUGGCAGGAACAGGAACUAAUAUUUUUGGAGCAAGUGCUUCAGCUACUUCAACUGCGAAUAGUCAGUCUCAGGGUUCUCUUUUUGGCCGUGACAGUGCAAAUGCGGGUGGUGCACAGGCAUCUGCUGGAACUAGUGCUACUGUUACACAGACCAUACCUGUUCAAUUUGUUUCGUCUGCCUCAUCUCCAGUUUUUGGUUCUACAGGGACUACUUUUCCCUCUGGCAAUUCUCUUUUCAGUUCUUCAACUUUGACUAGUGCUGGUCUUAGUUCUGCAGCUUCCUCUUCGGAGAACAACUCUAUGAGCUCUAGUGGAGGUGCCUCUAGCUUAUUUGGCUCUAGUUGGCAGCCCGCCAAGUCUCCCAUCUUUGGAGCAUCCUCUAGUGCUUCGCCGUUUAAUUCUCCAUCUUCGUCGACUGGGUUCCCCUUUGGAUCCUCCUCGGCUUCUGUUGCUACCACUGGCAGUGCUCCCUCCAUGGUGUUUGGAUCAUCAACUGGUGCGUCAACGGGUUCCACGUUCUCAUUCACUUCAGCUGCUACUAAUCACUCAUCGUUGACGCCUUUCUCUCAAACGCAGCCUGUAUUUGGUAAUCCUACUUCGGUUUUCACAGCCGCCUCAGGUAAUGGUGACCAGAUGAACAUGGAGGACAGCAUGGCCGAGGACACUGUACAGGCAUCUACACCUGCACUACCCAUAUUUGGUCAACCAUCUAUCCCGCCUUCAUCUGGAUUCAUGUUUGGUUCGUCAGCUCCAUCAGCAACGACUCCCUUUCAAUUUGGUGGCCAGCAGAAUCAAGCUACACAGAAUGCAUCUCCAUUUCAGGCAUCUGGAAGCCUAGAUCUCAGUGCUGGGGGUAGCUUCUCGUUGGGCACUGGUGGUGCUGAUAAGUCUCGAAGAAUAGUGAGACCUAAUAAAGGCAAACACAGGAGGAAGUGAAGAUUUUCAGCCUCGUGGGUAAUUGGUUUCCUUGGCGGUGACCACGAUUUUAAAUGGAUUGCUACGAAAAUUAUAUUUGUUGAGAAAUUAGUUGAUGGUUUUAGCUGUUUCUUUUAACACUUAGAAUUUCUUGUUGCUGACGAGUGUAAAUUAGCUUGUUCAGGCCUUGGAAAUCUGGUCAUUUCUGUUUGUUGCUUUACAAAUUGUCUUUCUAUUUGGAAAUUUUCCUUGCUGCAAUGAAGGCAUAAAAUGUCACAAUUUUGGAUGUC